GGCGACUGUUGGGCGGUGGCGGUGGAGGGGGGAGGGGGUAAGCGAUGGCGCUGCUGGUGAGGGAUCCGUUGGCUCCGCGGGCGCGGCCGUGGCCGCUGCCCCCCGGCGGCUCCGCCUCGGUGCGCGGCCUCCUCCGCGACCGCGCUCGGGCGCUGAACAUUCCUGAAGAAAGCUUGUAUGUGAAAUGUAACGGGCGGCUGGUUAAUGAUGAAGAUGUAUUGCAGAAUGGAGCCGUUUAUAGUCUGGAACCAAGACUUUGUGGUGGAAAAGGAGGGUUUGGAUCUAUGCUGCGAGCACUUGGUGCUCAGAUUGAAAAGACAACAAAUAGAGAGGCUUGCCGAGAUCUCAGUGGAAGGAGACUUCGAGAUGUCAAUCACGAAAAAGCGAUGGCUGAAUGGGUGAAGCAGCAAGCAGAACGGGAAGCAGAAAAAGAGCAAAGGCGCUUGGAAAGGCUGCAGCGGAAACUUGCAGAGCCAAAGCACUUUUUCACAAAUCCAGACUACCAGCAGCAGUGUCAUGAAAUGGCUGAGCGACUGGAAGAUUCAGUCCUUAAAGGAUUGCAGGCCACUUCAAGCAAAAUAGUGUCACCAGAAAGUGGUGAUGGUCGGAAGCGUCCAGGUGAAUCUGGAAAGAAUGGAACAAAAUCUCGAAAAAGAAGGUGUUUUUGGCUGGGAUUGGAAGGAUUGGAUGAUCCUGACAGCUCAGAUUGUGAGGAUGACAGUGAAGAUGAUGCCCCUCAUACAUCUGAUGGAAGCUGUCCGUCAGGCAGCAGAUACAAUGAAAAUGCUGGAAACUCAAAUGAAUGUUCAAGCAGCUCGCUGGAUUCAGUAGAGGACAGUCCAGCUACCAGUGUGACUGAGAAACCACUGGAGCAGCCAGAAGAUACUGGAAGAGAUCUGCAAGGGGAGACACACACAGGUGGGCAAACUGAAAUUCCAGCUGAAGAAGACAAUAAAAUGACAAAGCCCCUGAUGGAUGAGGCCCAGGAAAAGAAUGAAGUAUCUCAAGCUCUGAAAGAAGAAGAGCAAGAAAGUGUUUCUUGUAAGGCACAGGAAACGAACCAGUUACAGAGCACAGAGGUGGAACCAAUAGACCUACUGGCAUUCAACUCUGCUGCUGAAAUGGAAGCCCUGGGUUUAGAUAAACUGAAGAUGGAAUUGAUGUCUUUAGGACUGAAGUGUGGAGGCACUUUGAAGGAAAGAGCAGCAAGGCUUUUUUCAGUGAGAGGUCUGUCUAGAGACCAGAUUGAUCCUGCCUUAUUUGCAAAGCCAUCUAAAGGGAAAAAAAAGUGAUUUAAAAAUAAAUUAUUUUGUAUACAUAUGCUUUUAAAAUGUUCUUAUUCUGUUGUCAUUGUGUACUGCCACAUAAAAUUGUUCAGCAUCCCUGGAUAGCUUUUUUUUCUAUUCUUAAUGAAGUUUGAUUAACGUAACAGAGUAAGUUGCUAGAUAUGGCAAGUUAAUUAUGCAUUCAAUAUGGUCGAUAUUAAAGGAGUGAAACUACUAUCUUUUGAUAAGUUUUACAAGUGGUUAUAACAAGUCUUAAUGCAACAGGUAAAACAAACUCCCUGUAUAUGGAAAGAAGUAACCUGAAUGCUUUCUGGAAAAUGGUUGUAUGACACUGUUAUCACCUAUUUUAAGGAAAACAGCCAUCCUUUCUUAGCUUUAUAUUGAAUCUCCUUUAAUGUGUAUUCCAGUUAGCAUAGUUACAUCUGUCAAAUGAGAGACACUGAAUUUAUGAUCCAGGCUUAAAAGUUGAAGUUUCUUUAAAUAAAAAGAACAUUUUUAUAUA